UAACCUUGAGCACUUAGCAGCUUCUCGACGGUUUCGAUGAUGCUAAUAUUCUGUUUCUAACUUGCAGGUUGGAUAGGAAAAAGCAGCGGAAGAUCAAGGAUUGGGCCAAGCAUCACAGCAAGUAUGUCGUGCAGUUCGCUCUUAGUGUGGAGCAAGCAAGGGCUGGAAAACGAGCCCAGCUUCGUGAGCACUGCCCGAUCGCGUUCAACAACUAUCUCACAUGGUUUCUUGCAAGUACCCGCGUGGAGGUAUGCCAGCCGGCGUAUGCUGAGGAGAUUCUGGAAGAACCCACCGUUUUUGAUGAGGUAGCCCAGCACCAGUACAACGCAUUAGUCAGGAAAGGCAACUCAGUGAUCCCUUCAGCUCCAAUGAUGAACUUUGUGCGUGCCCAGAUCAAGAAAGCAGCUGAUGAGACCGAGACUAUUCUGGAAACAACCCCGGCUGGCAAAAGCGAUGGGGAAGGUGCACUUCGAGCAUUCAUUAAGCGCCAGGGCCAAAAGUUAAGGCGGCUAUCAAACCUUUUCGGUUGUCGUGACCCCGAGUAUGUAUCACCAGAACGGUCUAGGUCGGCGACACCAUCAGAUCCCGCUUCGGGGCAGGGCCAUGGUGAACCUUUCGAGGAUGAGGACGUGGGUGUGGU